CGACACUUGUUUUCUCCUCUUCGUGGAAAGAAUUAAAUUCAAAUCGUAUAAUUCAAAAAUUCCCCAAGUGAUCUGUUUGGGUAGGGUUCUGAAUUCAUCAAAUCAGUCGAGCAAUCAGCUUUCCCAAUCACGAUUCUCUUGUUUUGGUUGAUCAGCGAAUAGUUUGAAGCAAAGAUGUCGCUGAGGCCGAACGCUAGGACUGAGGUGAGGCGGAACCGCUACAAGGUGGCGGUGGAUGCGGAAGAGGGUAGGAGGAGGCGCGAGGACAACAUGGUUGAGAUCCGCAAGAAUCGACGGGAGGAGAGUUUGCAGAAGAAGCGACGUGAGGGGCUCCAGGCGCAGCAGAUUCCUGCAUCCAUCUCCUCUUCAGCUGUCGAAAAGAAGUUGGAAAAUCUACCAGCCAUGGUUGCUGGAGUUUGGUCAGAUGAUAAGACCCUACAGCUUGAGGCCACCACCCAGUUCAGAAAACUGCUAUCGAUUGAACGCAGCCCUCCAAUAGAGGAAGUUAUUCAAGCUGGUGUUGUUCCACGGUUUGUUGAGUUUCUUAUGAGGGAGGACUACACACAGCUUCAGUUUGAGGCUGCCUGGGUUCUUACGAAUAUUGCCUCAGGGACAUCAGUGAACACCAAGGUUGUUAUUGACCAUGGUGCUGUCCCGAUCUUUGUGAAACUUCUUGGUUCUCCUAGUGAUGAUGUUCGUGAGCAGGCUGUGUGGGCACUGGGAAAUAUUGCGGGUGAUUCUCCGAGAUGUCGUGAUUUAGUCCUUGGGCAUGGAGCUUUGCUUCCUUUAUUGGCACAGCUUAAUGAGCACGCCAAACUUUCCAUGCUGAGAAAUGCUACCUGGACUUUGUCAAACUUUUUCCGUGGCAAACCUCAGUCAUCCUUUCAUCAGGUUAAUCCUGCACUUCCAGUUCUAGCACGACUUAUUCAUUCAAAUGAUGAAGAAGUCUUGACAGAUGCAUGUUGGGCACUUUCUUAUCUAUCUGAUGGUACAAAUGACAAAAUUCAAGCUGUUAUUGAGGCAGGGGUGUGCCCCAGGCUUGUUGAGCUUUUAACGCACCCAUCUCCUUCUGUGCUUGUUCCUGCCCUUCGCACGGUUGGAAACAUUGUCACUGGUGAUGAUAUGCAGACUCAGUGUAUCAUCAACCAUCAAGCAUUGCCUUGCCUUCUGACACUGUUGACCAAUAACUACAAAAAGAGCAUAAAAAAGGAAGCUUGUUGGACUAUCUCAAAUAUCACAGCUGGCAACAAAGAGCAAAUUCAGUCUGUAAUUGAGGCUUUAAUUAUUGGCCCACUUGUUCAUCUACUUCAAAAUGCUGAGUUUGACAUCAAGAAGGAGGCUGCGUGGGCAAUCUCGAAUGCGACAUCUGGGGGUACACUUGACCAGAUCAAGUACCUUGUAAGCCAAGGUUGCAUAAAGCCCUUGUGUGACCUUCUCAUCUGCCCUGAUCCAAGAAUUGUCACCGUCUGUUUAGAAGGUCUUGAGAACAUCUUGAAGGCGGGAGAAGCUGACAAGAAUUUGGGUAAUACCGGAGAUGUUAAUAUAUAUGCUCAACUGAUUGAUGAUGCUGAAGGAUUAGAGAAGAUUGAGAACCUUCAGUCUCAUGACAAUACUGAGAUAUAUGAGAAGGCAGUGAAGAUUCUUGAGACGUAUUGGUUGGAAGAGGAGGAUGAAACGAUGCCACCGGGUGAUGCUCCUCAAGGGUUUCAGUUUGGAGGUAGUGAAGUUCCCACAGUACCUUCUGGUGGAUUCAACUUCAGCUGAAGAAAUUGUAGAUGGUUUCUAUCUUCCAGAUCUUGUGGUCGAAUAUGGUUGGUUAUUGUUUGGAAUUGAGUACAGUUGGACAUCGUUGGAGUUAAGGUCAGGGGUCUUGUCAUCGUGUCUUGGUCCUUUGGGGUCUAGUGUCCUUGUAUGGUCGUAUGGUUGUGAGGGUUGCUUGACGGGCCUGGGUUUUACCACGUGACUACAAAAUUUCGGAGGAGAGGUACAGAUGGAUUGGCUGUAUGAUGUGCAUUGGUUCAUUUCCGCAAUAAGCCGAGAAAUGGGAGCUCCCUUUUCUCAUCGAGUGGUUGUCUCUGGAGGUUGGUCUCCUCUUAUGAAGAUGAUGACGAGUCUUUAUUCUCGGUUUACCUAGUUGUCAACUUGUCAUAGUAGUGUGAGGUAUGCAUUGUCUUUUGUCGCAGGUCCCAAAAUGCUUCUUUACAUCAUUCUUAUUUUUUCUUAUGAUAAGUUUUUGUCUUUAUAGGGUAUUUUUUUUUGUCAUGAUUUCUUGUUUUCUCGUAUUUUUUUUUUAGUUUGUAGGCUACAAUAUGUACUGGUUCUGAUAAAUGAUAAAGCAGAAGUGCCAAACGAAAUAAGAUUCAUUUGCUGUCAUUGCGAAUCUUUGUGGUUU